UUGAAUCCAAAUUGCAAUUCAUAGCCGACGACGACGAGAAGUAUCGGCGUGGUACCGUAGCAUCACCGCCUUCCCCUUGUCUUCCGCGUAUUUGUUCCUUCUCUGUCUCGUGAUGGGCAGACCGAAGGGAGAUGGUGCCCGGAGCAAGGCUCGUCCUUCGAGCAGCAGCCUCGCAGCUUCUCUCUUGCCCUCUGCCUCUGCUGUACCCCCCGCCGUUGGAUUCGGCGGCUAUGUCGGUGGGUCUAGGCUCGAUCCUUCUCUCCCUAACGAAGAGUCUACUUCCUUCCUGGAUGUGGAUAGUGAAGUGGCCCAGCACUUGAAACGCCUUUCCAGAAAGGACCCUACAACCAAGAUCAAGGCUCUUGCUUCAUUGUCAGAACUGAUGAAGCAAAAGCAGGGGAAGGAACUACUGCCUAUACUCCCACAAUGGACCUUUGAAUACAAGAAGUUGAUACUGGACUAUAGUAGAGAAGUUCGGCGAGCUACACAUGACGUUAUGACUAAUAUUGUCACUGUUGUCAGGCGAGAUUUGGCACCUCAUCUGAAGUCUAUUAUGGGACCCUGGUGGUUCUCUCAGUUUGAUUUGGCUUCUGAAGUUUCUCAAGCUGCAAAAUCGUCGUUUCAGGCAGCAUUCCCUGCCCAGGAAAAGAGAUUGGACGCAUUGAAUCUAUGUGCGGCAGACAUUUUUGCUUAUCUGGAGGAAAACCUAAAACUUACCCCACAAAAUCUAUCUGAUAAAGUACUUGCACCAGAUGAAUUAGAGGAAAUGUACCACCAGGUGACAUCUUCGUCUUUGUUGGCUUUGGCUACCCUUCUAGAUGUUUUGCUCCAUGAGUCAGACAGACCUGGCUUAGUGAAUACAAUUGCUGAAUCUAAACUUGCCUCUAAAGCUAUGAAGUCGGCAAUUUCCUCAGCUGAGAAGUUGUUCUCUAGCCAUAAAUGUUUUGUGGACUUUCUAAAGUCUCAAAGCCCUAGUGUCAGGUCAGCAGCGUAUUCUGUGUUGAGGAGCUUGAUUAAAAAUGUUCCUGAAGUUUUCAGUGAAGGGGAUGUCAGAAGUCUUGCGCCCACGGUACUUGGCGUUUUCCAGGAAAAUAACCCAAUUUGCCACUCAUCAAUGUGGGAGGCUCUUUUGCUGUUUUCUAAGAAUUUCCCACAGAGUUGGACAUGCUUGAAUGUUCAGAAAUCUGUGUUAAAUCCGUUCUGGCAGUUUCUUAGGAAUGGAUGCUUUGGAUCCCAACAGAUUUCCUAUCCUUCAUUAAUUUUGUGCUUGGAAGUUAUGCCUACACUAUCUGUUGAGGUGGAGCAUUUCUUUGUGGAAUUUUUCGACAACCUAUUGGCUGGAAGGAACAUGUUUGGUUCGUCAAGCACAGAUCAUGUAGCACUUUUUUGUGCUAUCAAGGAGUGUUUCCUCUGGGGAUUACAUAAUGCUUCAAGGUAUUGUGAUGGUCCUGAUUCCAUUCACGACCUCAAAGUUGCUCUUGUUGAUAAAGUCCUCGUGAAGCUACUAUGGCAAGACUUCUUUGAACUUCCUAUGGACAGAAAUCCACCUAUUCAGAUAGAAACAACUGAAGCCCUGAGUGCGAAUAGUCCAAUACUUUAUCUGCAAGAGCUAGGUAGAUGCAUUAUAGAAAUUCUUUCAGGUAUCUACAUGCUGGAUCAUAAGCUGCUAUCAGUUUUCUGCAUGUCUGUUCAAGAGAGCAUCUUGAAGAUGUUUCAGAAGGAAAACUUGGAGGUUAGUGAUGCCUAUGCGGGAAAAAUGAUUGAUUUUCUCUUAUUGUUGGAGAAAUAUUCAGUUCGAGAAGGUGAGAGUUGGCCAUUGGAUCAUUUUGUUGGACCAUUGUUAUCCAAGACUUUCCCAUGGAUAAAAUCACUUGAAUUGUUGAAUGGCUUGAAGCUGUUAUCAAUUUCAAUUUCGGUAUUUGGGCCAAGAAAUAUAGUUCCAGAACUAAUGGGUAACAAACAGUCUCCUAUCCUUUCUGGUGACAAUGGGUGGGAUAUAAGCCCUGAGAAAUUUAUGGAAGUUUUUAGAGAAAUCUUUAUCCCAUGGUGUAUGGAUGGAAACGACUUUGAUACUACAGCUAAACUAGACCUCUUACUUUCACUAAUAGACGAUGAAUGUUUCACACAGCAGUGGAAUGAUGUCAUCUCCUAUGCUUUUAGUUCACCACAUAUCGGCUCCAAUAACCUGGUUGCUGUGACAAUGCUUUUAGAGAAGGCGAAGGAUGAAAUUUCAAAAAGGAAGUUUGGGAGAAUAGGCUCUCAGCCAGACCAUUGGCAUCAUGAGCUUCUAGAAUCGACUGCCGUAACUUUAGUGUGUUCAUCUCCUUCAAGUAAAAGAUCUGCUGCCAGAUUCUUGUGUUCUCUUCUCGGUGGUUCAACCGAAAACGUUGGGAUUUCUUUUAUACCAAGAAACUCAAUGGUCUUGAUAUAUAGAGGAGUUCUCGAGAAGUUACUCUCUUUUAUCAAGCAAUAUUCUUUCAAUUCAAUGAAAGAGACAUGUUCCUCUAUUAUUGCUGAAGGUGGUUAUUCAGUGUUCGAUGCAGACAGUCCUUUAGACCUGAUCAAGAUGGCUGAAUUUGCAGCAGAGGUGCUGGAUGGUAGCUUCUUCAGUUUGAAGGCUCUAAACGAGGAUGCCAGUCUGCUUGCAACUAUUUUAGCUUCUGUGUUUAUAAUCGGCUUAGAGAAUAGAAUGACAACAGUGAUGGUCAGUAAUUCAAAUGAAUUGACAGAGAUGAUUAAGGCUCGACUUUAUGUGUCUGGUUUCAUCAGUGAUCUUCAAUCUAAGAUGGAUAAACAGUUCUGGGAAUCCAUAUGCUAUGAAGUUCGGAAGCGCUUGGCUAGCAUUUUGAUUCGGUCCAUAAGGUCAGUUGUCCUACAUGAGGAUGAACUGUGUCCUGCUCAAUUCUCAUCCCUGUGUGCUUCAUGGAUGCUUGAGGUGUUGGAAUGUCUGUCGUUGGAUGAAAAUGAUGAAAGGAACCUCUGGGACCUGCUUCUGCUCGAGAGUGAUUUAUGGCCUAUGUGGGUCUGCCCAAAACAUUCAGCUAUCAUGGGCAUACACGAUAUGCCUGUCCAUUUGUGUGAAUUGAGGAAGUCAAAGAUUCAAAGAUUUGUUUCUUUCAUUAAUACUCUAAUCGUAAAAAUGGGGAUUCGCCGAUUCUUCGUCAGGUACCAAGAUAACAAGUCUUCCUCUCGGGCUUGGCUUGCUGCCGAAAUGCUAUGCACAUGGGAGUGGCCUGGGGGCAGUGUUCAAUCCUCUUUCCUACCCACACUUAUCUCGUAUUCCAAGAAUGAACCAUCGGAUGGAGUUCUACUGAAUUCAAUCUUUGACAUUCUACUGAAUGGUGCCCUCGCGCAUGAAGAGAAUGACAAUCAGAGUUUGACAAACACAUGGAUUGAUUUGAGUAAUGAUGUUGGGGAUGUCAAAGAACCAUUCUUGAGGGCGCUAUUGUCCUUCCUAUUUACUUUGUUCAAGGAGAACAUAUGGGGAGGAGAAGAGGCUGCGGCCGUUUUCAAAACAAUGACAGAUAAACUCUUUAUAGGGGAGGAGACAAGCAAGAACUGUUUAAGAAUUAUUCCGCUUAUUAUGAAAAUAAUUAUUUUACCGUUACACUCGAGAAAUAACAAUUCCGAUGUUCAUUUUGAGGACAUUCAGCAGGAGCUAGAUGUUGUCCUCAGAGGUUGGCUGCAGAAAACUUUGUUGUUCCCCCCUCUGGUAAUCUGGCGAAGCGAGGAAGAUAUGCAGGAUUGGUUUCAGCUAGUUAUCUCUUGUUAUCCUGUGAGUGAAAAAACUGAAGAAGCAAAUAAACAGGAGAGGUGUGUGAGCAAUGAAGAGAGAACACUUUUGCUCAAUUUGUUCCGCAAACAAAAGCAAGGUCCUAAUGCUGCAAGUGUGGUUAACCGGCUUCCUGCUGUGCAGACGCUGCUAUCAAAACUAAUAGUGAUUUCAGUGAGGUACUGUGGAAAUGACUUUAACGAAGAAGAUUGGGAAUUUGUCUUCUCUAACUUGAAGCGAUUGAUUCAGUCUGCAGUAGUUGGGAUGGAGGAAACCUCUGAGAACAUUAAUGGCUUUAUCACUGGAAUUUCUUCUGCAGAGAAGGUGAACGAAACUCUUCAAAGACUUUGGCACAUCGCUUCUGUUACUGAUCCUUCUAUAGAUAAUGCUAAGAAUGCUCUAUCAGCAUUUUCCUCAUUUAAUGCAUUACUGAAACAUAAACUAGUUGAAGAUGAAGUCAGCCUAACAUCCUUGACGAAUGAAACAUGGGACCCAGUUAAAGAUAGGAUUCUUGAAGGUAUUCUACGUCUGUUCUUCUGUACCGGUCUUGCUGAGGCCAUUGCUGAUUCGUAUUCUCAUGAGGCAGCAUCUAUCAUUGCAUCAUCUCGAUUCAAUCAUUUGCAUUUCUGGGAGUUGGUGGCUUCUCUUGUAGUGGACUCUUCUCCUCGUGCUCUCGAUAGAGCUGUCAAAGCUGUUGAAUUUUGGGGUCUGAGCAAAGGAGCCAUAAGUUCUUUGUAUGCAAUCUUGUUUUCUUCUAAACCCAUCCCAUCACUGCAAUUUGCAGCAUAUGUUGUUUUGUCGACUGAACCUAUCUCCAGACUGGCCAUUGUUGCUGAAGGGUCAGCAUCAUUGAACGAAGAGGUUGUUAAUAAUCAGGACUCUGGCAAUGUUGAGUUACCAUCUGAAGAGAGACUAUGCUUAAGGGACGAAAUAUCUUGCAUGGUUGAGAAAUUAACCUAUGAGUUUCUUGAUACGGAUUUAACGGCACCGGAGCGGGUGCAAACAUUCCUGGCAUGGUCUUUGUUGCUCUCGCAUGUCUCGUCUUUACCUCCCUUAUCACAAAGACGGGAGAAACUGGUGGAGCAUAUACAGAGUUCCGCGAAUCCAGUGAUACUAGACUGUCUUUUCCAGCAUAUUCCUCUAGAAUUGUGCAAUGCAAAUAGCUUAAAGAAGAAAGACGCCGAUCUUCUAUCUGAGUUAUCUGUGGUAGCAUCUGCUGCAACACGAGCCAUUACAACAGGUUCAUCAUUGUCUUCAGUCAAAUCACUGUGGCCGAUCCAAACUGACCAAGUGGCUUCACUUGCUGGGGCCUUGUAUGGUUUGAUGUUACGUGUACUUCCAGCUUAUGUUAGAGAGUGGUUCAGUGAACUUCGUGAUCGCUCUGCAUCGACUUUGAUAGAAGCGUUUACAAGAUCAUGGUGCAGCCCUCCUUUAAUCAAGAACGAACUAUCUCAGAUAAAGAAGGCAGAUUUCAACGAUGAAAGCUUUUCGGUCAGCGUAAGUAAAUCAGCAAACGAGGUUGUUGCUACCUAUACGAAGGAUGAAACAGGGAUGGAUCUUGUAAUCCAUCUCCCAGUUUCAUAUCCGCUCAGACCUGUUGAUGUUGAUUGUAUGAGGAGUCUCGGGAUCAGCGAGGUGAAGCAGAGGAAAUGGUUAAUGUCUAUGAUAAUGUUUGUUCGUAAUCAGAACGGUGCUCUGGCGGAAGCGAUAAGAAUAUGGAAAAGGAAUUUCGACAAGGAAUUUGAAGGAGUAGAGGAGUGCCCCAUUUGUUACAGCGUGAUUCACACCGUGAACCACAACCUCCCUCGGCUAGCUUGCAAGACCUGCAAACACAAGUUCCACUCUGCCUGUCUCUACAAAUGGUUCUCUACUUCUCACAAGUCAGCUUGCCCCUUGUGCCAGUCUCCUUUCUGAUUCACAAACCUCUGCAUUUUUGGACUCCUGAACUCAGUUUGAAACAGGUAUGACAUACUGAGAGGAUGAGUGGCCAUGUUUCAUGUGGUGAUAUGUUGUCAUGAAGAAAGGGUUGGUUUUGUGGCGAAUCAUCUGUUUUAUAGGUGUUCUUUGUCUUCCAAGCUAUAGGAGGAGUUCUGAUUUGAUGUAUUAGAUUCUUGAAACCUGGAAGACAAAUUGCUUGGACUUCCGGGCGAACUUUUCGUGCCAAAAGUAGGAGUUGAUCGUGUUAGAUCAAUAUGGAUUUUUGGAAGCGUUGGGGAAAAAAUAGAAGUUUAAAUGUGAAAGUCUCUUUUUUUUUA